UACAGCAAACGUGCAAGCGAUACGUAUUCAGGCGUCAUCUCAAGCUAACAUGGAAUUCAACAGAGUCGUGGUAAAAGCCAGCGGCUACAGAAGGAGAAUUUCCACAGGGCCGAUAGAGAGACUGCAUUGGCUCCACCUGCAAGGCAUCACCAACUACGCCUGCCGUCGCAUCUACGGCACUCUGGUCAACGACGCCACACUGUGUGCGCGCCAGGACGCCGACACUACCGUAUCUCAUUGUCUUGACGACGAAGGUGCACCAUUAGUUUAUGAGGACAGAAAUAACGCCACCGUAUUAGUUGGUAUCACUUCAUUCCUUGGAACCGGACCCUGGCCGUGCGGAAAUGGUAUGCCUGCAGGUUUCGUGCGUGUUGGUUCCUACCAAGAAUGGCUCACAAAAAUUACUGGAAUUAACUUUGAUGUUGUGGAGGAAACGACUACCACUACAACCUUAGCUCCCACAACUAUUACGACGGAGACGACGAACGCUACUGACACGGAUGCCCCAACCAUUAUACCAUCCAACACUACAACUAAUGCUCCUACGACGACUACCACAACUGUUUCCCCUAACAUAACUACUACCGAAUCUAUUAACACAACAAUUACUGUUGCCCCAACCACUACACCGGUUCCAAAUAACACUACUACUAGUGAACCAACUACUAUCACAACUCCUCUCCCAACAAACAUUACCACUACACCGGUCCCAAUUAACACCACUACUAGUGAACCAACAACUAUCACGACACCUCUCCCAACAAACAUUACCACUACACCGGUUCCAAUUAAUACCACUACUAGUGAACAAACAACUAUCACAACUCCUCUCCCAACAAACAUUACCACUACUCCGGUUCCAAUUAACACCACUACUAGUGAACCAACGACUAUCACGACACCUCUCCCAACAAACAUUACCACUACACCGGUCCCAAUUAACACCACUACUAGUGAACCAACGACUAUAACGACACCUCUCCCAACAAACAUUACCACUACACCGGUCCCAAUUAACACCACUACUAGUGAACCAACAACUAUCACGACACCUCUCCCAACAAACAUUACCACUACACCGGUUCCAAUUAACACCACUACUAGUGAACCAACGACUAUCACGACACCUUUCCCAACAAACAUUACCACUACACCCGUUCCAAUUAACACCACUACUAGUGAACCAACGACUAUCACGACACCUCUCCCAACAAACAUUACCACUACACCGGUUCCAAUUAACACCACUACUAGUGAACCAACGACUAUCACGACACCUCUCCCAACAAACAUUACCACUACUCCGGUUCCAAUUAACACCACUACUAUUGAACCAACAACUAUCACUACACCUCUCCCAACAAACAUUACCACUACACCGGUUCCAAUUAUCACCACUACUAGUGAACCAACGACUAUCACUACACCUCUCCCAACAAAUGUUACCACUACACCGGUUCCAAUUAACACUACUACUAUUGAAACAACAACUAUCACUACACCUCUCCCAACAAACGUUACCACUACACCUGUACCAACAAAUACUACCACUACCCCGACGUUUACCACAACAACUGAAUACCCCGGAAUUACAACCGUGGCACCCAACACAACAACCUCGGCCCCAACAAACAUCACUACUACAGCCCCACCUAGUGACAUCACCACUAUUGCGCCGAACACGACAACGACAUCAUGGCCAACAAUUACAACAAAUCCUCCUACAAAUGUUACAACUCCUGUCCCUCCAACAACAGAAGAACCCGAGUCUGAAUCCGAUGAGUCUGAUGAAGAUUGGGAUAUAGAUGAUCCUGAACUUAACGAGCUUCGCAAGAAGUUGGAAGUGAAGGUUAAAGUGAAGGUCCAGCUGUCGAAGAAUAAAAAGAAGUACACGCACAAGCACGAACACAACCACACCAUCACGAAUUAAUUCGUAUUAUCUUCAUCAUUAUAAUGUUAAUGGUUUUACGAUGCUGCCUUAUUAAUUGUAAAAUGCAAACGGCUCAUUUUGUUGCGUUUAUUUCAAUUAAAUGUGAAUGCUUUUA